AUACAAGGACAUACACCUACUCUAGUUAGCACUGGUUAGUGUGCUAUACUAACUGCUAUUCGGAGCGAGAGGUCGCUCCCGUUGUGAGUUCGUGUGAGAAUGUCGGACCAAGCUGCACGUAGGAGCAUCAUAACGGCACUGUUCAUUACUCUCUUGCCGAUGGUUUUCGGGGAGCCGUGCCCGAGCCUGGCAGCCCAGGCGGCAGGAGAUCAGGCGCCCCUGGACCUCAACCAUUUCUCUGCCUACGUGAUUGUGAACACCAGUGAUUCUCAGGCUUCUGGAUCUGGUUCAGGGCUGGACAAUAGCCCAGUAGAGCUGAUAAGAGCCGGAGAGGUGUCUGCUGUGUUUAGUUCAGCAUCAAGUGCUACAGAAAUUGACAGUCUCCAUUUCUCCACGAGCAUUACUCCUCUACCAAUUCUUCUUCAACUCAACAGCACAGCUCCUGAACCGGUGUAUUAUUUGUUCAAUACAUGGAGCCUGAACACCGCCAUAGCUUCUGCAGGAUGUCCAGCUAGAAAAGCAGGCCAACUCGGUCCUGGAGAUGAAUUUAUGAACAAAGUCAACGUGAGCUGUGUUGGAGAAGGAGAAGUGGUGAUUCAGGGUUGCCUCACUCUGGGAACUGCACCAUUUGACGCCCUCAUAGGCACUUACAAAACCCUCGAAUUUUACUUUCUCCACCGCUGUGAAGGGUUUACCGACAGUACGUGUGAGGGAGUGAGGGCCCGGGGUAGUGUUGUUCCUGGAGAACUGUGCCUCACCCUCAACCAGUCCCAGCAACUUGUGACCAACCCUGUCGGAAGCUGGGGAGUGCUACUAAAUCCCCUGAGACCCAAUCGAGAGGACCCGUUGCGAGGCUACUGUGUCAUUGAUGAGGCCGUCGAAGGAGGACUCGCAACCUUUGCAGCGGACCCCGCCCUCAGACCACUGUUCCCCGUCGCUGAGAUUUUCCCCGCACUGGAGAUGUAUGUCGGAAUAGUUUCUGGUGCAAAGGGUUUGGCAUUCUCGAUUUUGUUCACUUCGACCAACACUUCUAUACUGGACCCACCGUACAUAUUACCCAUCACAGCAGGAGUGCCAGUGGAAAGAGAAACAAUUAUCUACCUGAACCUGCCCUGCGUUGGACCAGGGUUUGUAGAGGUGCAAGCAGUGAUGAACAUGUCCACAAUCUUGAACGAAACACUCUACUUCCAGUCCUACUUGUCAUCCAUCUUCAAAAACUGCACUCCAGCUACCACCAAUUCAACUACACCAGUAAGCCGUCCUCCAGACAGGAGGUCAACCAACACUAUCAGAGUCAGACUCCUGGCUGGCCUUCUCCCCGGCCUCCUUUUCCUCCUCAUCACACUCACUGCCGUUCUAGUGAUGAUUCUCCUGACUCGCAGGAUCAUCCGGAGAAAAACCGUGACUCUCCAACGACUCGAUAGCAUGGAUAACCUCUCUAGUAACAACGCCUACACGCUGAAGACCGUAAAGAGUCCGUAUGACUGUUUGAAGGAGUUGGGAAUGGAGUACAAUUACCCCAGUCUGGAGGUGGUGAGCGAGCUUGGCGAGGGAGCAUUUGGACGUGUGUUCAAGGCCACGGCUCCCGGAUUGGAGAGACACGGUUUCGUACCUGCAUUUGUGGCAGUCAAGACUCUGAAAGACGCCAGUUCCAUGUCGGAGGAGUUUUGUAAGGAGGUGAAGGCGGUGGCGCGGUUCAAUCACCCAACCAUUGUGAGAUUGCUGGCCAUAUGCUCAACCACUGCCCAAAAGUGUAUGAUAUUCGAGUACAUGGACCUCGGGAGCCUUGAUAAUCUACUGCGGAAGUCAGACCCAGAAAAUGCAGAGACAGAGGUCAACGAUAAAAGAGAAGACGGUAUUUUUAUAACUCCCUCCGAGUUUCUCAACUUCUCCCUGCAAGUGGCGCGUGGAAUGGCCUACCUGGCAGAGCUAAAGUACAUCCACCGUGACAUUGCCUCCAGGAACUGUCUCGUCAAUACACACAUGGUUGUAAAGAUUGGUGAUUUCGGCCUAUCGCGUGACCUCAGUUCAAUGGACUACUAUCGUGUUGGUGGGACACAGGCCUGUCUCCCCGUUCGCUGGAUGCCCCCUGAAGCACUUCUAUUCGGGAAAUUCACAACGCAGAGCGACGUUUGGAGCUUCGGGGUCCUCAUGUGGGAAAUCUUUACCUUUGGACGUCGACCGUACACAGGGCUAUCAAACUACGAAGUCAUAGAUGCUGUAAAGGCCUCAAGGAUUCUCGAAUGCCCAAAGCUGUGCCCGGCCUCUGUAUACGAUAUCAUGAAGAUCUGCUGGACUCGAUCUCCGCUGAAAAGACCCAACAUGGACGUAGUUGUGGCUCGACUGGAGCGACUGGUGCCAGCGGAGGCCCAGGGCGAGAGGGGGGAAGGUAGACAGGGUCCUGAUGGGUGUGUGGUGUACAUCAAUCUUGAGUACGGUGCUCAGGUGGACACGGACGAGUUGGAGGAAUCUGCGAGAAUGGAAAAAGAAUUGAGCACCCAAAUAACAAGUGGAGAGGGGCCAGCAAAAACCGGGGAGGAAGACGCUAAUACCGUUUCUGUUAAAGCAAGGAGUGAGAGCUGUGCGUCAGAGAAUAGUGCAAGUAGUGAAGUCAGGGACAUUGGGGAAGUUCACACAAGAGAUGUGGAGGUUAUCACUGAGCCUAGAUCUGAUGCAGGUGGCAACCUAGAGUCAGUCGGAAAUAAUGCAACCAUGCCGAAAGACUGCAUUUCAAACGCGCAGAACUCAAGAAAACCUGACAACAUCAAGGACGAUAAUGACGACGAAAUUACGCAAAUUAUCGGAGAUACUCACACAUAGAUUGACAUACACAUUGCUGCCUGUGUUUGUGUGUGUUCUGUGUUAACUAAUGUUGGUCGAGUGUCUUGCCUCGCGCCGCUUCUUUCUCAACUCCUGUUGCAGCUUUUUGCUCUCCUCAAACGUCAAUGGAGGUUUCUAGCACAUAGAGAACCGAUAAUAAUUACGCCUCACACUCUCAAACAUUAAAAAAACCUUACGUUUCCUUUGGGGAAGAUUUCUACCUUCAUUGGAAAAGAUCAUCAUAUUAUGAUAAGGUCAUAAAUAGCCAAGACUCACUCUCUUUUUCUCGAUUUUCUGGUCAAAGUACCCCGGGGCGUUGAAGUAAUAAAACACUCCCACAGGAAAAAAGACAUAUAGCGUCAUCUACAAGAUAUCAACAGCCAAGAUAUCCAUGGGGUCUGGAUCAUUUAGUGGCACUGACCCUCAUCAGUUCCAUGACGUUACUCCUGGAGACACGAGAGAGAGCCAUACACACAAGGACCGCCUCUCUUUGUUACGGCGGAGGUGUUUAUUGGUGCGCGUCAAU